AUGUCAAUAUACGGGCCUAUAAAGAAAAAGGCAAAGAAGAAACAGAGUCAUGGGAAAGACCCUGAGAGAGCUAAUAACUCGGAUAAGAACAUGCUUGUGACGAUCAGAGUCCGUCCGCUCACCCAGCAGGAGAUCUCCAACAAAGUCCUUCACAUUGUCAAUGUUGAUGACAAACUUCUUAUAGUGAGGGAUAAGGCUGAGAUAAAGUAUGAACAGGAAGGGAUAAAGCCAGAUGUCUUACACAGGUCAAGAGAGCAGCGUUAUUAUUUUGAUAAAAUCUUUAAAGAUUCCUCACAGAGUGAGGUCUAUGAGAACACUUGUAAGCAACUUAUUGAUCCAGUCACCAAGGGGUUCAAUGCUUGUGUAUUUGCAUAUGGAACUACAGGGUCUGGAAAGACUUAUACUAUGAUUGGAACUAAAGAGAAUCCUGGAAAUAGCGUUCUUAUUAUUGACGACAUGUUCGAUACUAUUAGUAAAGAUGAGGAGUUCCAAUAUGAAAUAAAAAUUUCUUACGUAGAGAUUUACAAUGAGAUCAUUCGGGAUCUCUUGGUCGUCAAAAGUAAAGAUACCUAUCUUGACUUGAGAGAUGACCCUAUUAAGGGAGUCCAGAUUGCAGGUGUUAAGGAGUUUAAAGUAACUAAUUCUACCGAAGUCAUGAAAUUAUUGACUGAAGGUAAUCGAAGAAGAACGACUGAAGCAACAAACGCUAAUCAAACAUCGUCUAGAUCUCAUGCUAUUUUCCAGAUUCAUGUUCACAAAAAGGAAAAGACAGCAGAUACUGAGAAGGAAAUUUUAGCAGGGAAGCUAUCUUUGAUAGACCUUGCUGGAAGCGAGAGAGGAACAGUAACUGAAAAUACAGGCAUCAGGCUAAGAGAAGGAGCAAAAAUUAAUACCUCCCUUCUAGCUCUUGCUAAUUGUAUAAAUGCACUUGGAGACAAGACCAAGAAAGGCUUUUAUGUGUCAUACAGAGAUUCCAAACUCACAAGAAUGUUGAAAGACUCUCUAGGUGGUAACUGUAAAACAGUGAUGAUUGCUACUAUCUCUCCUGGCCACAAUCAAUUUGAGGAGACUAUCAACACCCUGAAAUAUGCAAACAGGGCUAAGAAUAUUAAAAUUAGAGCUCAAGCAAAUAAGAAGAUGGUUUAUAUGCACAUCUCUGCAUAUAAGAACAUCAUUUCUGACCUUAAGGACGAAAUUAUCCAACUAAAGUCCAAGAUCAGGAACGAUGAAGGAGCUACAGCAAUAGAUCAGAUCAACGAACUAGAGAAGGAAGACGCGUUGGAAGAGUUCAAGGAAGAAAUAGACUUCAAGCCUAAAGUGAAUAACCUCAUCGAGGGAGAAGACGAGGAGGAAAGUUUUAAGUGAGAAUGAAAGCAAAGAUAUAAUGAUGAAAUUGAGAAGGAAACUAUUAAGAAAGAGAUUUCAAGAGUCUCAGAAGACAUUCUACAACUUGAACAGUCCCUUAUUGAGCUUGAUGAGCAGAAUACCAUGAAUGCGAUUGAGAUUAGUAAGAGAGAAGCCAAAAUAUUGCUUCUUCAGAACCAGGUUGAAGAGAAUGAAAAUAAUGAAGAUGAUAUUGAUAUUGAGGAACUGAAAAAGCAUAUUGAGGAACAUCAAGAGCAAAUAGAGAUUUUGAGUGAAAGUACUAAGCAGAAUCUUAUUAAAAGACAAUCUCUGAAAGAGCAAUGGGUUGAAGGGUAUAAUACAAUAAUGAAAAUCCGUAGUAGCAUUCAUGAAAGGAUACAAAGUGACGAUGCUAAGGAGUAUCUCCUUUUAGUUAUUAAGUGACAAUUUUUAGAAAGUCAGAAUAUUCAGUUGCUACUCAAUCUUCAGCUUCAAGCUAAAACGAUUUCAAAAUAUGAUAAAUAUUUCACAAAUCUAUCUCAGAAUGGGAUAAUGCCUAUCGAAUCUUAUGACGCAAUGGAUGAUAUGCUAGAAGAAGAUGAAGAAGAGGAAGAUUACGAUGACUUCAAUUCAGAUGAAGAAGAAAAGACAAUGUCUAUCGCUGAUCCAGUCCCUACUACAGUAAAAACCCCUGCUUCUGACUCCAAAGAAGCAUCAAACACCACUAAAUCAAAAAGCUCCAAAUCCAAAAUCCCCUCUAGCAACCCUUACCUCAACUCAAAAUCAUCAUUCCCAGGUCAAAAAUUCAGCGUGAGACGAAACCCAUAUCUCGUAAAACAGAGUAAGAAAAAGUAAAUU